AUGAUACAACAGUUUGUGUUGACAGUCCUCAUUGGUAUUGGAGCAGCUGCUGUCCCCUAUAGAAUAAAUGUAAACGAUGAAGUUGGUAUUGAUGAUGGCAAACAAAGAAACAAACGACAGGAUGCCGUUACCUGCGAGGACGGCUGGGUAAACUAUGAAAGAUCCUGUUACUUCUUCAGUGAUGAAGCAACAACUUGGGAUGAUGGAAUGGCUAAGUGUGUUCAGAAAGGAAGUAAACUGGUAGAAAUCAACGAUGCAAAUGAGAAUCAGUUUCUUGCCACGGAGCAAAGAAACUUCGGACAUGUUGAAAGUUUCAUUGGUGCUAAUGAUGUCGCUGAAGAGGGUAACUGGGUUUGGUCAAUCUCUGGACAGACAAUGAACUAUUCUAGCUGGUUUCCGGGUAACCCAAAUAACCAUGGGGGAGAUCAAGACUGUGCAGUGUUACUUGGUGAUAGGUGGGACGAUAACCACUGUGGUGGCCCUUUCAAGUACAUCUGCGAGAAGAUAGAUUUCUGCGAUCCAAAUCCAUGCAUGAACAACGGGGUAUGUGCUGAUCAAGGCGAUGGAUAUACAUGCACGUGUGUAAAUGGUUACGCUGGCAACAACUGUGAAACAGCCAUAUUGUCAGUUGAGUCGUGUACCACGCUGGGUGUGAAUUACACGGUGUAUUCCGGACAAGAAAAUGGAGUCACUUAUAUUGAAGGAACAACUUCGUCCGAUUGUAUGAAAACACUUUCUGGAUUGGAUUCAGAGUCAUUUCUUUUAAACUUCGAGACCUGUAACGUUGAACCGGCUUUGAAUUCAUCAACAAAUUCCAUAGAGAUCAAACUUGUUGUUCAGCAUAAAGCUGACGUCACGACUGAAGACGAUUUUAGAUACACGAUAAAAUGCACUUUCGGGGAGAACGAGGAUAUUGUUGUAACCGCUGAGGCAUGGGGUAAAGCAAAGGAUGAUGUUAAUGAUAUAGCUGUAGAUGUAAACCCACUACCUGUGAUGAGACUUUACUGGAUAGCAGAUGCGUCGGCCAUUAUUUACGAACAGAUGUCUGAUAGUACAACUGUCACAUUAGGAACUUCAUUGCGUCAAGAAAUAAAAUUAGCCACAAACGUUCCAAAUUAUAACUUGCUAGUGAAGACAUGUUCAAUGGAAGCAAAAUCUCUGGACGAUACGUUACUGACAGAACUGGUGCUUUUAGACACUGAAACUUCGUGUUCACGUCUUGGUGGAGACAUCUAUCCAGAUUUUUCGUACCUCACAGAUGACGUCACAAUAGAUAAUACUCAAUUCACAGCACCAUACGCCAGAACUGAAUUUAAAGCGUUCAUUCCUACGCUACCAAAUAUAGAUCUGGCGGGAACUAGUGUAAAACUGGUAAUUAAAUGUGUGGUUUCGAUUUGCUUCGGGGAAAGUGACGCAUGUAAACAACCCACAUGUGGAAAACGGAGGCGUCGAAGAGCAACUGGCGAGAGCCUUACCGUUAGAAGUUAUGACGAUCUUACUGGUACCUUCCAAAUCAUUGUUGCGAAUGAAAAAGGAAAUGCUACAGAAAAACCGACCAACAAUGAACAUGUUAAGCAACGCAAAGAGGAAGAAUUAGUUGGUUCACUGAAGUUCUGGGCUAUCCUCAUCAGUGCUCUUGUUGUUGUAAUUGUGGCAAUUGUUGUAACUACCGGUGUCGUCCUGCGUAUGAAGAAGGGAAAAGGUCACGGGGAUCCCAUGGCGAAAGAAAAAAACCAAAAACAAGGGGGACGAAAAGGAGGUUUUUGUUUAUGGCGGGUGGUCAGAUAG